AUGGUGUUUGGAGGCCCAUCGGGUACAAACCCGUGUAAGAGAGCUCCACUCAGGCCUUCUCAUGGUCCGAAGAAAACUGGUACGUUGGAUAGUUCCUCGGGAUUUACAAAAUCAAUGGAUAAGAAGAUGGAGACUAAUUCGGGUUUGGAUUUUGACCUGAAUAUCCAUAAUCCACUAUUUUAUGAAACGACGGAUGCAUCCUCGAGUUCUAAAACACAUAAUGGAUUUUCUUCAUCAAAUCUGUUGGAUUUAACUACUAAUCUAUCAGUCUCUGCUCCUACAACGCAAGCAGAGCUGGUAAAUCAAGUGGAUAAUGAUCAAUUUGAUGGAUUACAAACUUAUGUUGAAGAUUCUGGUGAUGAUAAUUGGUGUGAAAAAGAAUCUAGAGGUACUACCAGUUACACUAAUGAAGACAAGUGGGGGAAGAUACCAGUUUCUGAACAAGAUACAAAAAAUUUGGAAAAUCUUAUAAAAGGGUGGGAUUUGAGAGAUCUACCCUUUUCUGGUCCAUACUUUACAUGGACUAAUAAACAAGUAGGAGAAAAUUUAGUUAUGGAACGUAUUAAUAGAGCCUUAGUGAAUGAGGGAAAAAAAGCACCAGGGCCAGAUGACUUCACUGGUCUUUUCUUCCAAUCUUACUGGGAUAUUGUGGGGGUCAGUGUCACUCAAAUGGUUAAACAAUUUUUUGAGACUGAACACCUUCUGACUCAGUUCAACCACACUAAUUUAGCUUUAAUACCAAAGAAUCCUGUGGAUGAUAAAGCUGAUCAAUUUAGACCAAUUGGUCUAUGCAGUUUUGUCUACAAAGUGAUAUCUAAGACUCUGGAAAAUAGAAUGAAACCUUUAAUGGAUAAGGUUAUUUCACCUAACCAAAGUGCCUUCAUUCCCAAGAGGCAAAUAUCUGAUAAUGUUAUUCUAGCUCAUGAGCUCAUAGAUUCUAAUAAAAAGAAUAAAAGAAAAAUAGGAAGUGUUGCUAUUAAGCUGGAUAUGUCCAAGGCUUAUGAUAGAUUGGAAUGGUCUUUUUUAGCUAAAACUAUGGCGAAAUUGGGGUUCAACCCAAAAUGGAUUAGACUAAUUAUGAAUUGUAUAAGUACCGUUUCUUACUCAGUUCUGCUAAAUGGAAGUCCUAUUGGUAAAUUCAAACCUGAAAAAGGUUUAAGACAAAGGGACCCUAUGUCCCCUUAUCUAUACAUCAUAUGUGUUGAAGCCCUUACUUCUUAUAUCAAACACUUGGAGGAUACUAACCUGGUACAUGGUAUAAAAUGUGGUAAGACUAGUCCUUCAAUUAGCCACAUUCUGUUUGCGGAUGACAUCCUCCUCUUCACUAAGGCAACCAUUCCUGAUUUCCAUGCUAUCAAAAACUACCUACAAAGAUACUGGUGGGGGGAGAAUUUGAACACAAUGAAAAGAAAACUACAUCUCAUUGCUUGGGAAAAUAUCUGCAAAACCAAGAAAGAAGGUGGAUUGGGAUUUAGAAUCAGUGAGAUAAAUAAUUUAGCUAUGAUGGCUAGAAGUGUUUGGAGAUUAAUAGAAAAUCCAGCAUCUCUUCUGGCACAAGUUCUAAAAGCAAAAUAUUAUGCAAACUGUGAUAUCUUGAACUCUCAAUGUCAUGAUAAGGCUUCAUGGGUAUGGAAAUGUCUUCAUACCACAAUGAACAAAAUAAAACCAUUUAUCUCAUGGGUAGUAGGGGAAGGGAAUUUUAUAGACCCAUUGUGUGAUAACUGGAUACCUGGGAAAGGAGUUGCAAUACCAAAAGCCAACUCAAUACCUGAUAAGAACUUAAAAGUAAGUGAUCUUAUUAAUCAUGACACAAGAACAUGGGAUACAGCAAAAUUAAGUGAUGUUUUUGAUCAAUCUUCAAAAGAGAUGAUUGAAAAAAUCCCUCUUAGCUCUGAAUCUUCUAUUGACAGAAGAAUUUGGACUCCAACUAAAGAUGGGGUAUUUACAACAAAGUCUGCAUAUUCAACCUUAAGUGUAAGGGGGGAUGACUCUGAUUCCGCUCUAUGGAGUGCAGUUUGGAAACUGAAAGUCCCUGUAAGAAUCCAACUUUUUGUAUGUAAGGCUCUAAAAGGGGCAUCACCAGUGAAUGAAAUUCUACACAAAAGAAUGCAUAUAUCUGACUAUAUUUGUCCAAAAUGUAAAUUGAAGACAAACAAUAAUGCAUGCUCUGGUCACCUGUAA